UGGAAUACAAAGUUCAUGGAGUUAGUGGGGGACAAGUGUACAAUUUUUUCAAACUGUAUAUAUAUCAUCCACACAUGUGAGCUCUUGGUGUAGAAUUUGAACUAUCAUGGAGGCCCAAGCUUCCGUAGCACUAAUAGUCGGUGUGACUGGGUUGACUGGGCUGAGCCUAGCCGAAACAUUGAAGAAACCCAAUUGUCUCGGAGGCCCAUGGAAAGUUUACGGCGCAGCCCGCAGGCCCCCGCCUAGUUGGUUCUCUCCUUCCAUGGUCGACCACUUCAUCACCUUUGACGCUGAGGACUCUUCCGACACACGCGCCAAGCUUUCCCCCAUCGCCCACGAGGUCACGCACCUCUUCUGGGUCACCUUUCAGAUUCACGCAGACGAAGAAUACAAUGCAACUGUCAACAAAACCAUGCUACUCAACCUUCUAACUGCCCUGAAAUCUUCCACGACAUCCCGGUUGGCCCAUGUAACGGUCCAAACCGGAACCAAACACUACAUGGGCCCAGUUUUCGACCCGGUUCACUCCACGCAACUCAUCGGCCACCAGCCACCCUUUGACGAGAACAUGCCACGGCUCCCUUAUCCAAACUUCUACUACGCGCUCGAGGACCUGGUUGCUUCUUACGCGCCCUCGCUGACGUACUCAGUGCAUCGCUCAUCCAUCAUAAUAGGCGCGUCGUCCAGGAGUGUAUACAACGCGCUGCUGACUCUGGCGACCUACGCCGUAAUUUGUCGCCACGUAGGAUUGGCGUUUCGGUACCCUGGAACGAGGUACACGUGGGAGCAUUUCUGUGACAUGACCGACGCGGGAGUGUUGGCGCAGCAGCACGUGUGGGCUGCGGUUACACCCAAUGCUAAGAAUCAGGCAUUCAACUGCACAAACGGCGACGUUUUUGCGUGGAAGACCGUGUGGAAGCUUCUGGCUGAAUUGUUCGACGUGGAGUUUGUGGCGUUUGAUGAAAGUCACAAGUUUGAUUUGGCUGAGCUGAUGCAUGAUAAGGGUAGCGUCUGGGAGGAGAUUGUGGCGAAAUACGAGCUUCACAACACCAAAUUGGAGGAGAUAACGUGCUAUGAAGCCCUCCAAACAGUGCUACAUUUUAAGUUUCAACAUGUGUCUGCCAUGAACAAGAGUAGGGAGCAUGGAUUUUUUGGGCAUGUUGAUACGUUAAAGAGUAUCAGAUUCUGGGUGAAGAAGCUAAGACAGAUGAAAAUCAUGCCAUCAUAUUAACAAUGAACUGAACUUCAUUUUUUCUAGGUUGCGCUGGAUUAAGUUGAUUCCUGUGUGCGCUCUGUUUAAGUAAUUUUGCUAUAAUUUGUAAGAAGAAAAAAACUUUUCUCCAAAAAUCCUGUAGUUUUUCUAUCCGUAGCGAGUGGCUGAAAAUAAACAUAAAGUUAAAAAUAAAAUAAGCAUUUUGAUCGA